AUCUAUAUAAACUAGUAGGCGUCACUCGUCUAGACAAAUCCUCUUCAUACCACAUUGGACAACAACUAACAAUCACACUUCACUACAACAUUCACACUUCACUACAACAUUCACACUUCACUACAACAUUCACGACUGCAACAACAAUAACCCUCUACUGCAACAAUGAAGCUUUCUAUUGCUGCCCCCAUCUGCCUGCUCUUCGCUACAGCGGUUAGCGCGGAGUCUUUUUGUGGCUCUACGCCUGACUGCUGCUGGAAAGAUCUCGAAGCAUGUGAGAAGAAGUUGGGCGGAAGGUGCUUCGCAGGCGCUAGAUUUCAAACUGAAAAGGGUCACUUUUGCCAGGAUAACAAUGUCACACUGGCGCAGUGCGACGCCGACUGCUGCUCGGUCUCCAGGAAGGUCGGCAUUGGCUGCUAAUCUGCUCUUGUUUAUCAUUUUGGGGAAAUUUAUAGGCAGUCACUAUGGAAUU